CAGAUACUACUGAUCAAGAAGACUCCGAAGCCGAGAAUAAAGAUUAAAGCCCUGUCCGUUAUAGAAAUGCAAUAUGUACCAUAAAAGUCUAUUUUUCUUACGUUUGUUUCUUUCUAGUCGAGCAUGAUUGAAUCUUGAUCAGUCCGUCAUGUCCGCCUCUUUGCCCAAGAUUUGGCGACGAGUCGCCCGUGGGAUUCGCAAUCUAAGUAGUUGGCCGCACGCCCAGUUCAAACCGCCCCGAUUGGAGCGCAGCGUGCGCGAUUCGAUGGCCAACUUUUGGCGUCGCCACCCCGUGAUGAUCAACAGCUUGACAUUUGGCGGUUUGUACGUGGGGGCGGAGUUUACCCAACAAGUCAUUCAGAACCAAUUCAAGCAUCGCCGUAAUCCGGAUCACGUUCACGGGAUUGAUCGCGAGUCUUUGCAACGCUAUGCCAUUUUGGGUUGCGUGAUCUACCCUCCCAUCGUGCAUUUCUGGUAUCAAUGGCUGGAUGGACGUUUUGCGGGUCGAUCACGGGCGGUCGUGAUUCGGAAAGUGCUCUUGGACCAGUUUGUUCUCGGACCGCCCUCUUUGUUUCUGUUCUUCACGGUAUUAAGUCUACUGGAAGGACAGGAAGAUGUCUUGGCCGAAGUCAAGAAGAAAUACCUGCCCACUUUUGUCCUGGAAUCCUUAUUUUGGAUCCCGGCCCAAGCCGUGAAUUUUGCAUUGAUCCCGGCCCGAUUUCGGGUGAUAUUCCUCAGUAUUAUUAGCUUCACGUGGCUGAAUAUCCUGUGCAUUAUCAAGAGCAUUGAAGAGUACACGGACAUGUGAUGUCGUCAAUUUGUGAUAUUUGACUACGUCUUGAAAAGUGGACAUGGCUCAUUUUUUUUUGUUUUUGUAACCGAAGUACGUUCCCAAAUGUCAGUGUUAGCUGAGGUGACAACAUUUUUUCUGUUGGCUGAUAAUUGAAGCGCAGAACAACAUGACCUGACUCUUUGAUUUAGAGAAGACACUAAUCGGGUGGUUUGAAAUUACCAAAGAAAUCCUUCGCAUCACCCUGACUGAUGUCCACUUUCUUGACGUUCUGAUUUGUAGUCAUUCCUCGCUCAAGCUCUGUCAUAUUAAAUCAUUUUGGAUGGGGUUGAAUUAAAAAACGAGCACUUUCAGGUA